CAAAGAUUAUCAUGGUACAACCAUUUUGAAUUGAGGUUCCAAUAAGAAUAGACCCUGAUUUAUAGUGACGCACGGAUCCGAAAGGGUCGGCAAAACCUUCCGUCGCCGCCAACCUCAAAGGCGCAUUCAGGAAACCAGUGUUCAGAGCUCAACCUUUCAAGCUCCACCAAUAUCGCCCAAGAUGCAACUGACGGAAGACAACAUAUACCGGAGCUCCUCCCAGUUCCGAAACUGGUCCUUCACGCCCGCCAAACUCGCUGCGCAGCGCCAGACAACAAAUAUUCAAGCCAGCGAGCGCGUCAAGGCAGCUUUCGCACGUCAGCGCGCGCAACGCGCCCGACAGCCCGACACAGCGAGCGCAAGUGAGAGCGAAAGGGGCAAUGGCUCUGGUAUUGAUACUGGCUCGAACACGCCAAUACCGGUCACAAAUCCUGCCGAUGUGAAUUGUCUUACCGUGGCGGAGGAGAUGAAGCUGGUGGAUUCGUUCUGUGAGCGUACAUUGGAGUUGGGGAAAUUCCUCAAGUUUCCUAUUGAAGUAACGGCUACAGCUAUCCAGUUCUUACGGCGCUUCUAUCUAGUCAACUCCCCUAUGACGUACGAACCACAAACGAUAUCCCGAAGCACCAUGUACCUCUCUACCAAAGUGGAAUGCCAUCACCGUCCGGCCGCAGACUAUGCUGCAAUGCUCACAAAAACCACUCCUGAAUCAGUCAUUGCGCCCGAAUACCUUAUCGUACAAGGUCUGCGCUUCACAUUCGACGUCAAGCAUCCCUUCCGCGGUCUAAAAGGAGGCCACCUCGAGCUCAUGGAAAUGGCGCGCGGAAACGCCGCACCUACACCUCACAAUACGCAGACUCCAGCCGAGCUCCAGAAAGCCAUGCAAGCGCUCCCCAAGAAGGCCGGCGAGCCUCCAUCGCAUCUCAGCGCCGCAGAUCUAGAAAAGCGUAUAACGCACGCAUACACUCUGGCUUCGGACACAUUGAAGUCAGUUGCUCUAUUAACAGAUGCAUACUUCCUGUACACGCCCUCGCAAAUCUGGCUCGCGGCACAUCUCCUCGCCGACGAACCUCUCACUGCCUUCUACCUCUCCACAAAGAUCCCAACAUCCUCCCCCAUGUACCCCAAACUCCUCUCCCGACUCAACGCUUGCGCCGAGCUUCUUUCAUCGCAUCGCAAGUUCGCGUCGCAAGGGACAUCAGAAGAAGAGAAAAAGGCGCGCGAGGAGCGCGACAAGAAAGAGGUCUCCGCUCUGAUGAAGAAGUUAAAGCAAUGUAGAGAUCCUGACAAGCUCGAUCUCGUCAAGUUGAACCAGGCACAGAAGCGGGACGCACUGAACGCAGACGGGCAGUUGGAAGAAAGCAAGGCGAAGAGGAGGAAGAUGGAUCGAGACGCGCUAAAGAAAGAGGAGGGCGAUUUCUGGGGCCCGGAGCUUCCAUCAAGGAAUGGCGAAAAGGCGUGAGACGUGGAGCAGAAUAUAAAUGCUUUGGAUGUGUAGGAUAUAGAUUUACAUUAGCAUUGCGUGGUGUUUAGGAUUUUAGGUGCUUUGUAUGGAAUAUUGGGACACCUAGUAUUGGCGUCCUGCGGGAUUAGAACUGGUUCACAGAGCAAAUUUGAAAUUUGGUGCAGUAUACGAAGAUACAUUUUUC